GGACGUUAAGAUUCAAGAUAACUUCCUUUAAGUUGAUGUAGAACUGUUUUCUUGUGGACAUCAAUCUUCUUUAUUUUAUAGCCGCACGGAGACGAGAGGAGCCGCUAUGAUUUUAACAGCGAGUGGAUUUGUUGUCUUCCUUCUCUGUAUGCCAGUGGUUCAGGGUCAGCGUGGCUGGGGAGUGACUUACUCUUCUACUAAGAUCUGUGCAGUGAAAGGAUCAACAGUGGACAUAAACUGCAGCUACAAAUACCCAUCUAGAAUAUAUGGCCAUGAAAACACAGUACAGAAAACCUUCUGGUUUACUCAGAAGAAAAAUGGUGAACCUGAAGAUCUGUUAACAGACUCAGAGUAUGCAGGUCAUGUAGAGUAUCACUUUGAAAAAAACAGAUGCACUCUGAGAAUCAAAAACCUGAGAGAGAGCGACUCAGCUGAGUACAGGUUCAGGUUCAUAACAAACUACGAUACAUAUGCUGCUUCACCAGGAGUCACUUUGUCUGUCACAGAUCCAGAUCUACUAGUCAAGGUCAUCGGAACAAUAGUCCACCAGGGUGUUCCCAAAGCAGAGCUUCAGUGUCACAGCAGAUGUCUUUUACCUCAUGAUCCUUCCUACAUCUGGUUCAAGAACGGAGAGAAAAUUCGGGCAGAAACAUUUAAUCUUUCAGUCUAUUUUGAUUCAGCUGACAGCUAUUCCUGCGCUCUUAAAGGACAUGAGGAUUUCCCGUCUCCUUCACAGUGUGUCAGAGGUCAAACCUGUAACAGAGUGACUCACACUGACCGGAGCAUCUGUGCCUUCAAAGGAUCAUCAGUGGACAUUUCCUGCAUGUACAGUAGUUAUGAAUCUAUCACUGAUGGAUUCUGGUUCAGUCCUGAGCGUAUUCAUCAGUGGCAGAAUCCCUCUCAACCUGAGGACCUUAGUGAAGACUCCCAGUAUGCAGGUCGUGUUCAGAUCCUUGAAACAUGGAGAGGACGCUCCACUCUGAGGAUCUCUGACCUGAGAGACUCAGAUUCAGCUCAGUAUCUCUUCAAAUUCAAAACACCAAACUUUGAAUGGAGAAGUGAUUUACCUGGUACAACUCUGACUGUCACAGAUCCAGAUCUGAAGGUGCAGGUGCAGGGGGUGAAUUCAUCUUCAUGGUCUGAGCUCCAGUGUUACACCAGUUGUCGCCUGCCACAAGGUUCUUCUUACAUCUGGUAUGAGAAUGGGCUGAAAAUUGCAAAAAAAACAUUCUCUUCAUAUUCAGGCCACUUUGGUUUUGCAUCCAGCUACUCCUGCGCUGUGCAAGGACAUGAGGAUUUCCCCUCUCCUCCAGUGUGUGUCAGAGGUCAAACCUGCAACAGAGUAAUUUACACUAAGAGAAGCAUCUGCGCCCCCAAAGGAUCAUCAGUGGACAUUUCCUGCACGUACAGCAGCUUUGAAGACGAUGUUAAAUCUAAAUUCUGGUUCAGACCUGAGCGUAGUCAUCAGGGACAGAAUCCCUCUCAGCCUGAGGACCUUAGUGAAGACCCCCAGUAUGCAGGUCGUGUUCAGAUCCUUGAAACAGAGAGAGGACGCUCCACUCUGAGGAUCUCUGACCUGAGAGACUCAGAUUCAGCUCAGUAUCUCUUCAAAUUCAAAACACAAAGCUUUGAAUGGAGGAGUGAUUUACCUGGUACAACUCUGACUGUCACAGCUCUGCAGGUGCAGGUGAUCACAUCAACAGUCCACCAGUCUUACACCUAUGCAGAGCUGAAGUGUCACAGCGGCUGCAGUCCAGCUGGUGUUUCCUACGUCUGGUUCAAGAACAACGAGAAAAUCAUGAAAGAGGAAAGAUCUUUAUAUAAAAAACAGUUUUAUCCUGGAGACAUCAUCUCUUGUGCUUUGAAAGGACGUGAGAAUUACAGCUCUCCUUUGCUAUAUGCUCUGAAGUUUCCUGUUGUGUCAGUAAGUCCUUCUGAUGAAAUCAUGGAGGGCAGUUCAGUGACUCUGACCUGUAGCAGUGAUGCUAACCCAGCAGCUAACUACACCUGGUACAAGGAGAAUGGAAAUCAGAAACGUCCUCCUCUCACUAAAGAACGACAGCUUGUCUUCAGCUCCAUCCAUGUUUCUGACUCUGGACAGUAUUUCUGUACAGCUGAGAACGAGCUGGGGAAACGGACAUCUGAAAUGAACUCUGUUGAUGUGAAAUAUGCUCCAAAGCUCCCCUCUGUGUCAGUGAGUUCCUCUGAUGAGAUAGAGGAGGGCAGUUCAGUGACUCUGACCUGUAGCAGUGAUGCUAACCCAGCAGCUAACUACACCUGGUACAAGAAGAACCAAACACUGUUUCAGGGAACAGAAGGAAGUUAUCAUGUCACCUCCAUCAGCUCUGAGGACAGAGGGAUCUACUACUGCAAGUCUGGGAAUCAAUAUGGAGAGAUCAACUCUACAUCUCUAUUUGUAGAUGUCCAGUAUGCUCCAAAGCCUCCCUCUGUGUCAGUGAGUCCCUCUGCUGAGAUAGAGGAGGGCAGUUCAGUGACUCUGACCUGUAGCAGUGAUGCUAACCCAGCAGCUAACUACACCUGGUACAAGGAGGAUGAAGACUCUCCAAAAGCUUCAGGACAGAUCUUCAACAUCACUAACUUCAGAGCUGAACACAGUGGGAGUUAUUCCUGUGGAGCCCAGAACAAGUUAGGACGUAGUAACUCCACCUUACAUCUGAUUGUUGGAACAGGGAGUUCAACAAUGAUAGUGAAUAUCAUCAGGACGACUCUGGGGGUCUUGAUGCUGAUUCCUGGGUUUCUCCUGAGUCUAUGGACGAGGAAGAAGAAAGCUCUGCACUCCACCACUGAAGCACAUGAACCUGUAGAGAUAGAGUUGGACUCUCUUCCUGAGUAUGAGAACGACUCAGACACUGCAGCACAGACAGAAGACACAGAGGAGCAGGGAGACCUGGUGUGAAGUCCAGUCAGGUUAGAGCCUCCUGCAUCAGAUCAAAC